AGCCCUUGGAGCUGUCCUCACGUUGAAGAACCAGUGACUUUAUUUUAGGAAGCUACUUCUGGUUUGACAAUUUACCCACCAUGCCUAACCAAGGAGAAGACUGCUAUUUUUUUUUCUAUUCUACAUGUACCAAAGGUGACAGCUGCCCAUUUCGUCACUGUGAAGCUGCACUAGGAAAUGAAACAGUUUGCACAUUAUGGCAAGAAGGACGUUGUUUUCGACAGGUGUGCAGGUUUCGCCACAUGGAGAUUGAUAAAAAACGCAGUGAAAUUCCUUGUUACUGGGAAAAUCAGCCAAUGGGAUGUCAGAAGCUAAACUGCGCUUUCCAUCACAACAGAGGACGUUAUGUUGAUGGCCUGUUCCUACCUCCCAGCAGAACUGUGUUGCCCACUGUGCCCGAGUCACCAGAAGAGGAAGUAAAGGCCAGCCAGCUCACAGUCCAACAGAACAAAUUGUCUGUCCAGUCUAACCCUUCCCCUCAGCUGCGGAGUGUUAUGAAGGUAGAAAGCUCCGAAAAUGUCCCUAGCCCCACACAUCCACCAGUUGUGAUCAAUGCUGCCGACGAUGAUGAAGAUGACGAUGAUCAGUUUUCUGAGGAGGGUGAUGAAACCAAAACACCUACCCUGCAAACAACCCCUGAAGUUCAUAAUGGAUUACGAAUGGCCUCUGCCCGGAAACCUGGAGUCAGUUUAAAGCCAGGUGAAGGUUUGAAUUUUGGAAUAAAAACUCUUGAGGAAAUUAAAUCAAAGAAAAUGAAAGAAAAAUCCAAGAAGCAAGGUGAAGGUUCUUCAGGCAUUUCCAGUGUUUUAAAUCAGCCUCAGCCAGUCCCAGGUCCCGAAAAAGAGAAUGUUCGCACUGUGGUGAGGACAGUGACUCUGUCAAGCAAACAAGGAGAAGAACCCUUGGUUAAAUUGAGUCUUUCUGAGAGACUUGGAAAACGAAAAUUUUCAGUAGGUGGUGACAUUGAUCCCCCAUUAAAGCGGAGCCUUGCACAGAGGCUAGGAAAAAAAGUUGAAGUUCCAGAAACUGACAUUGACAAAGCCCCAAAGAAAGUUCAAGUUUCCAAGUCCCUGAAGGAGCGAUUAGGCGUGUCAGCUGGUUCAUACAAUGAGGAGGCAGCAGAGAGAACUGGUAAAGUUAGUGAGAUCCAUGUGAAGACAUUAGAAGAAAUCCUCCUUGAAAGAGCCAGUCAGAAACGUGGAGAAUUGCAAACUAAACUCAAAGCAGAAGAACCUUCAAGAACAGAUGAUUCUACAUCUGGAACAAAAAGCUCUUCCACUGUGCGAAUUAAAACCUUUUCUGAAGUCCUGGCUGAAAAAAAACAUCGGCAGCAGGAAACCGAGAGACAAAAAUGUAAAAAGGAUACAGGUUGCAUCAAGCUAAAGACUGAGAUUGAAAUGAGAAAGACAGUGGUUUUGCCAGCGGUAGUCGUCAGCAAAGAACAACCCGAGGAGCCUGCUGGAAGGACAAGGUCUAUGCAGGAGGUACACAUUAAGACGCUGGAGGAAAUUAAACUGGAGAAGGCCUUGAGGGUGCAACAAAGCUCUGAGAGCAGCUCCAGUUCCCAGCCUCAAGCAGAGGUCAACUCAGGGGCGAGGCGGCUGCUGCGCAUCACCAAAAGAACAGGUGUAAACGAAGAGAAGUUUCAGGACGGAAGUGAAGCUGCUCCUCAGAGCAGUGUGAGUAGGACAGAGGCUAAUGAGGCCUCAGAGGAGACCACAGGAGUUGAUACCAGUACAAUUCCAAUAAAGAGAUGUGAGCUGGUGAAAGAGAAACACAUACAGAAGCAGCAGGACAGAGGAGCCUCACAGAAGGAGAAAUCAGUCUUGACAUCUCUUCAGGGAGAUGUCACCUCCUGCUAUACCCAAGUAGUGGAAAAACCAGUGCUCACUGCUGUGUCUGGCAUCACACGGCACCUGACAAAGCGGCUUCCCACAAAGUCAUCCCACAAGGGGGAACUAGAAACCUCAGGGAUUGGGGACUCAGUAUUGAAUGUGAAAUAUACGGCACAGACUCUGGAAAAAAGGGGUAAAGCCAAACCCAAAGUAAAUGUGAAGCCAUCUGUGGUCAAAGUUGUUUCAUCUCCUAAACUAGCUCCAAAGCGCAAGGCAGUGGAAGUGCACCCAGCCGUCAUUGCGGCCGUGAAGCCGCUCAGCUCCAGCAGCGCCCCACAGGAAAGCCCAGCCUCAAAAGCAGCUGUGGCUGUUGUCCCACUCCUUUCUGAGGAAAAAUCGGUCACCGUGCCUGAAACAGAAAAACCCAGAGACAGUUUCGUGCUGCCUCCAACUCAGUCUUCAGAUCCCUCACCCCCAGAAAUAUCCGGCCCUUCUUCAUCCCAAACGGCCACAAAACCUCGCCGACUGAGCUCUGCCUCAACAGGAAAGCCUCCACUCUCUGUGGAAGAUGAUUUUGAGAAACUGAUAUGGGAGAUUUCAGGAGGCAAAUUGGAAGCUGAAAUUGACCUGGAUCCUGGGAAAGAUGAAGAUGACCUUCUGCUUGAGCUCUCAGAAAUGAUUGACAGCUGAAGGUGGUAGUGAGACACUUAAAAAGAAAUCUCACCAAAAACUGAACUGAACUUCAUCUGUUAUAACACUUACCUGAGGUGAUCGAUCAUUUCUUUAGUCGCGAAUCUGCCCCAAAUCAAAAGUAUACCUCUGAAUUACCUGUGUGUGUCCUGGAUUUCCUGGGUCAAAUUUCAAGUCCUUCAGUAAUCAUUUAUUCAUUUGAUGCCAUUAUUUAGCAUCUUUGAGAAAAAAGUUCUAUAACACCGUUCUCUCCACCCAAAAAAAAAAAAAAAAAAAAAGACCCCGAAGGAGAUCCGAAAGAGAAGGGUGCAGGAGAACUCGGUGGCUCCUUGAGGAGGUGUCUGCUCUGGUUGUCCCUCCACUGCAUUCUUCCUGUUGUGUACUGUCUUAACGUGCUUAGGGUUACUGGGAUUUGAGAUGAAGACAGCUGCUGCCAUUGUGGACCAAAUUUCAUUCUGCCACUAAAAAACCACACUCAGUCUGUGUUAAAUUGUAUGUCUUCUUAAAGUUAUUUGGAGAUUCAUCUAAGCUUUAAAGAGGGCUGAGCAGCUCAAGAACCCUGAAAUGCGGACCUGAUUCUGAUGCUUCAGCUGCUCUGUAGGCCUCUGAGAGCAAUAGCUAACUGAAUACUGUAAUCUUUUAAAGGCUUUAAAGUGCCUCUGGUCCCUAGAAGCUAACUUCCUACUUCUGGGGUCCUUUGCAUUCUUUAUAGAAGGAGAUAUGACAUUACUGUCAAUACCUGUCAAUACUCCUACUGGCAUUGAAUUAUCACAGGGAUAAAAAUUGGUUAAUUUUUUAUUUGUAACUCUCAUAAAACUCCUCUUGCCCAGUAUUUAUUUGAUGUCCUUUUACCAUGGGAGGAGGGGGUUGAGGGAAAGGAACUCAUUCAGGCUGCCAGUAUUUAUCUGGAUGUAACAGUAUACUGAGUUGUACUGUAGCAGGGAUAUUGAGAUGUCUGGGGGUGUAUUGUAUACCUUCCAGUUUUCAUUUCUGAAUUUGAAUUUCUUUUCUUGGUGUUAGUCUCCUUCAUAUCACCUCAAGGUUUAGACUUGUGAAGAAACAAGUGUGAUGAGGAUAAUAGUCUUGAAAGGAGACAGUGUACAUAAUGGGAAGGAGGAGGAGGAAGGACUUGUUUGAUACAUUGCUCUAGGUGGUCAGUUUGUUUCUCAUGGGGAAAUCUGAACCACCUGUUGUGUUGGCUCCUAAGGAACUGCUGUUGUAAGCCGCUCAUCAAGAGUUGAAACUUCAUGUAGCCUUGUUGGGAAUAUGAAAAAGGAAGAAAGCCACAGGACUGCCCAUUCACUCUUGGGAAGAUCUGGAUGAUUCUACACAAGCAAAAUGACUUGAAGUUUAUGUAUAGACACCUCUACCAAUCCAUCUUCAGCUGACUGAAUGUUGUAUGAUAGCCCUUCUCCAAAGCAGGGGUGGAAUGUUCCAUUUCACCACACAUUUUGUAAAACUCAUUUCACUUUUGGAAUCAGCCUACAGAUUGCAAGUCCCUUUUGUAUAUAACUUUCAUUCUUUUGCUUUAAAAAAAAUUUUGUUCAUAUUUAAAGUCCUGUAUUAGCCAAUGAUUCGUGUUCAGCAUUAUUUGAAGACAUUUACCAUUACAAAAAGAAAUUCUUGUGUUUUAAAUAAAACGUAUAGGAAAUUCUUGA